AUGACGGUGUUCGCCGGAAAAGCGCACGUGUUUCCUAUCGACUACGAAGCAGAGGUGUCACAGAGGUUGGUCGACGCUGCCCACGAAAAUGAUCCGAACUCGGUGUAUGAGUGUCUGGACGAUCCUUUUGUCGACGUGAACUACGUCGGAACAGUGUGCUUGAAGAGUAAAAAGACAGAGAUUGUGUUGAAAGGUGAGUCGGCUCACGAGGUUGGUGUCGAGUACGAGGAGUUCAAGACUCAGGUAACCGCCUUGUUCCUCGGAGCUCAUUCCGGCAAUUUGGCGGUCGUCAGAAAACUACUGAGUUAUGGAGCCAAUGUGAAUCUGAAACUUUUUCGAGGCUACGCAACAACAGCAGCAGUGAGGGAAGGACAUACAGAGAUACUGGAGGUUCUUCUCAAUGCCGGAGCAUCUCAGAAGGCCUGCGAGGAGGCCUUGUUGGAGGCAAGCUACUUGGGGCGCGCUAGGCCGACUGAGAUGCUCAUGGCAUCUGAGUUUAUUCGUCCUCAAGCCGCUGUUCAUGCUCUUGUUGCUGCUUCCUGCAGAGGGUUUGUUGAUGUUAUAGAUACACUCAUCAAGUGUGGGGUAAAUAUCGACGCAACUGACCGGACAUUGCUUCAAUCUUCGAAGCCAUCACUCUACACCAACGCUGACUGUAAUGCUCUUGUUGCUGCCAUUGUUAGCAGGCAGAUUUCGGUUGUUAGACUACUGUUGCAGGCUGGAGCCAGAACAGAUACCAAAGUGAGUCUUGGAGGAUGGUCCUGGGAUGUAAGUACAGGAGAAGAGUUUCGGGUGGGUGCAGGACUAGCCGAGGCUUACAGUGUGACCUGGUGUGCUGUGGAGUACUUAGAAGCCAGCGGUGCUAUCUUGCGAAUGCUGCUACAACAUGUCUCCCCUAAUAUUGCUCACUUUGGAAGGACUCUCAUCCACCAUGCCAUCUUGUGCAAUAAUGAAAGAGCAGUAGAUGUGCUGUUGAGCUGUGGCGCAGAUGUAGAGGUUCCGAUUAAGACAACUACUUCAGAAACUGAGUAUCCCAUCCACAUGGCUUCGCGGUUUGGGUUAAGUAAGAUUCUCCAACAACUGAUUGAUGGUGGCUGCAAUGUCAACUCUCGAACAGACUCUAGAGAAACUCCUCUCAUGAUCUGUGCUAGACAUAAACACCAGGAGUGUUUCAGAAUUCUUGCUUCCAAUGGUGCUGAUUUUGGCCUUGUCAAUUCUCGUGGUCAAAGUGCAAGUGUGAUUGCAGAGUCAGCUAAGUGGAGUCUUGGCUUUAAAAGAGUAAUUCUAGACUUGAUUGGAGCUGGGAAGGUUGUUCGAUCGAGCAAUAUGACAAUCUUUUCUCCUCUAUUGUUUGUGACUCAAGAAAAUGAUGUUGAGGCUUUGAAACGUCUGAUCAGUUCUGGUUACAUUGAUGUUGAUGAGCAAGACGAAAAUGGAUACUCGGCUGCCAUGAUAGCUGCAGCAGAUGGUAACUUGGAAGCUUUCAAAUUGCUUAUCUGUGCCAGAGCUGACAUGAAUCUGCAGAACAAACAUGGUCAGACCCCAUUGGACCUACUAGAUAAAAAUCAACAUGGUGAAGAAUUUGAAAAAUUAUUACUGAAUCAUGCACUUGAAAAGGGCCCCGAUAGUAGUUCUCUCGAGUUCUAUGCGCUACAUCUUGCAGCGCAACAUGGAGACUUGGAUUUGGUUCAUGCAUUGAUAAGUCACGGCUAUGAUGUUAAUGCUUUUGAUGCUGAGGGAUACACUUCAUUGAUGUUAGCUGCAAGAGGAGGCCAUGGUAAGCUGUGUGAGCUUCUAAUUUCUUUUGGGGCUAGAUGUGAUACUGUGAAUGCAAGACAUGAGACUGCGCUGUCUCUUGCGAGGAAAACUGGAUCGAAAAAUGAUGCAGAGAAGGCCAUAUUGAAUGAGUUUGCACUAAAACUUGUGCUGGGUGGGAGUAAUGUCAAGAAGCACACAAAAUGGGGUAAAGGAGCUCCCCAUAAUAAAGUGCUGAGAAUGGUUGGGGCUGCAGGGCUUUUAAGAUGGGGGAAGUCAAGUAAGAGAAAUGUGAUCUGCAAGAAGGCGGAGGUCGGGCCUAGUGAUGCAUUCAGGUGGAACCGCAGGAGGAAGUAUGACUGUGAUGAACCAGGGAUGUUCCAUGUGGUGACUACAAAGAACAAGGAGCUGCAUUUUGUGUGUGAAGGUGGGAUUGAAAUGGCGGAUUUGUGGGUGAGAGGGAUCAAGCUUGUGACAAUGAAAGCUAUCUUUGGCAAGAAUGAAUGA